AUGACCGACUUUGCCGCCGUCAAAAAGUCCCUUCUCCAGAAAGCCAAAGAACUUCUUGCCGAAGAAGCUUCUGCUCUUGCCAGUGCCCGAGAAGAAACUCUCAAGGAGCGAGUAAAGCCCCUCCCCGAAUACACCUCCAUGGAUGAGGAGCAGUUGAAACAGCUUUGCCGAGAACUCCACGCUGCCAUCGACAAGGCCGACGAACAAAGAUACGAUGCUGAGUACAAGAUCGAAAAGAACAACAAGGAAACUGAAGAACUCAAGCGAAAGCAUGCCGAACUCAAAGCGAAAAUGAAGAAGCCCGCUCUCAAGAGAAUCCGAAUGACCCCAGAAGAAAUGAUGUCAACACUCUUGGCCGCCAAGUAA